AUGGCAAGGCAGACGAACAACAGUCGGCAGACGGGACAGUCGAAUACAGUACAAAGUGGAGGAGUCACUAAGAGCUCGUCAAAAGCAGGUCCUGCGAAGAAAGCCGGAACGAGGAAAAACCCGCCCAGGGCAGCAGCAGCGAAGACAGCUAGCGAAGCUACAGGAACCUCAAAGGCCGCCGCGAAGCCCAAGGCUCCAAAGAAAGCCGCCGCGAAGCCCAAGGCUCCAAAGAAAGCUGCCGCAAAGCCCAAGGCGCCAAAGAAAGCUGCCGCCGCACCGAAGUCCACUGCUCGAUCGACGAGGGCACGAAAGGCUGCAAAAGGUACUCAGGGCAACAGCGAUGUAGCCGAGGACACAGGCAACGACAACCAAGAGGCCGGCGCAGCGACUGGGGCGGCAGAAAGCACUGCUCAAGCGGGCCCAGCGUCUGCGGCUGGUACGUCUGACCAAGAAGAUGACGCUGACGCUGCAGCAGAUUGCAACGUGGAGAUCGCCACAGAUGAGUUUUAUGCUGCUCAAGGCGUCGGUCCUGACUUUGAGACAGAGAUCCCGUUCGAUUACCAAGGAGGACAAGCUUCGUUGCGUAUGACUCUGAGAGUUCACCACGACCCUCAUUUCUCUGCUCGCCUGGGGUACGUCGCCCGGCUGUACUUGGUACAAACACCGGUCUCGGACGCCACGGCUUGCCCCCCCCUUAUGAGCAGAGUCGAGCAGAUUGGAUAUAUUCAUGCCUGGCGUAUCGAGAAGCCAACAGCAAGCGGUAGGAACGCGGGAGGCACCGACCGGGUCGACCAGUUCCUCGCCACGCAUCCCAAGCAAAUGCACGAGUCCGGAAAAGAAGCGGCAUGGUGCUUACAAGCACUUUACACUCCGGCUGGGGCGGUGCAGCCAAAUACUGGCGCGGGGCAGACGUAG